AUGGCGGCGGAGCGGCAGGGCGGCCGCGGCGGGGCGGAGGAGAACAAGGAGAACGAGCGGCCGGCGGCGACGCGGAGCGACGGCCUCAGUGACAGCCUGGGGUUGGAGAUCCUUCAGAUUGUGAAGGAGUCCCAGCAGCAGCACGGCUUACGGCAUGGGGACUUCCAGAGGUACAGGGGUUAUUGCUCCCGGCGGCUGAGGCGGCUCCGAAAAACUCUCAACUUCAAGAUGGGGAACAGGCACAAGUUCACUGGGAAGAAAGUAACAGAAGAGAUUCUCUCAGACAACAGGUAUUUGCUGUUGAUUCUGAUGGAUGCAGAGAGAGCGUGGAGUUACGCCAUGCAGCUCAAACAGGAGGCCAACACGGAGCCUCGCAAACGCUUCCACCUGCUGUCCCGCCUGCGCAAGGCUGUGAAGCAUGCUGAGGAGCUGGAGAGGCUGUGUGAGAGUAACAGAGUGGAUGCCAAAACAAAGCUGGAAGCUCAGGCAUACAUGGCUUACCUCACAGGGAUGCUUCGUUUUGAGCACCAGGAGUGGAAAGCAGCAAUGGAGGCUUUCAACAAGUGCAAGACCAUCUAUGAGAAGCUGGCCAAUGCUUUCACAGAAGAACAAGCUGUGCUGUACAACCAGCGUGUGGAGGAGAUCUCUCCCAACAUUCGUUACUGUGCCUAUAAUAUUGGUGACCAGUCGGCUAUGAAUGAGCUGAUGCAGAUGAGGCUGAGGUCUGGUGGCACUGAAGGCCUUCUUGCUGAAAAACUGGAGGCACUGAUUACCCAAACUCGAGCAAAGCAGGCAGCCACAAUGAGUGAAGUGGAGUGGAGAGGAAGAACUGUUCCUGUGAAGAUAGACAAAGUGAGGAUCUUCUUGCUGGGCCUGGCAGACAAUGAGGCUGCCAUUGUCCAGGCAGAAAAUGAGGAGACCAGGGAACGUUUGUUUGAGUCUUUGCUCAGUGAGUGCAGAGACGCCAUUCAGGCGGUGCGGGAAGACCUGAAACCAGACCAGAAGCAACGGGAGCACUCUCUGGAAGGUGAUUCUGGGAAGGUGUCCAACAUACAGUACUUACACAGUUAUCUGACUUACAUCAAGCUGUCCACCGCCAUCAAGCGCAAUGAGAGCAUGGCAAAGUCCCUGCAGAAGGCACUGCUGCAGCAGCAGCGCUCAGAAGAGGAUGGCAAACGCACCCCACGGCCUCAGGACCUGAUCCGCCUCUAUGAUAUCAUUCUACAGAACCUCGUGGAACUGACACAGCUUCCUGGCCUGGAAGAGGACAAGAAUUUCCAAAAAGAGAUUGGAUUGAAGACGCUUGUGUACAAAGCUUACAGGUGUUUCUUCAUUGCACAGUCCUAUGUACUGGUCAAGAAGUGGAGUGAAGCUCUGGUUUUAUAUGAAAGAGUGCUGAAAUACGCUGGUGAAGUUCAGUCAGGAGCUGGAGCUUUUACAAACAGCUUGAAGGAGCUGCCUGACGUGCAGGAUCUGAUCACUCAAGUCAAUGCAGAAAAAUACUCCUUGCAAGCAGCAGCUAUAUUGGAUGCAAAUGAUAAUCAUGAGACUGAGUCUCCGUCUCAGGUCAAGGAUGGCAAGCCACUCUCAGAACGGUUUGAGACCUUCUGUCUGGAUCCUUCUCUGGUCAGCAAGCAAGUCAGCCUCGUGCACUUCCCUCCGGGCUUCCAGCCCAUCCCAUGCAAACCCUUGUUCUUUGACCUGGCCCUUAAUCAUGUUGCUUUCCCACCUCUGGAGGACAAGGUGGAGCAGAAGGCCAAGAGUGGCCUCACGGGAUACAUAAAGGGCAUCUUUGGAUUCAAAAGUUAACCAGGACCCCUCUGAGGAACAGAGGUUUUAAUCUGUGUUGAAGGAGAAGCUCCAAGAGGUUGUAGGACAUAAACAUCUGCACCUGAAACCAACAGAGGGGGAGGCUUUGCCAUCUUCUUCCCUGUGUUCUGUGUGUAUGUCUGUGCACUCACACUCUCUCCUGGUGUAUUAAAGACAAGCAAUCUGUUCAGACACUUAAGUACACUAUAAAUAGCUGAAAAUUGGAGCACAGACACAUGGCAUUCUGCUCGGAGGAGUUGGAGUGUGCUUUGUGGCUAUGCUGGGGGUCGGUACACGUUCACUUACAAGGCACAGGCAUAACUUGAUUCUCCCCCUGCACUGUUAUUUGGCAUGGAUUUUGUUCCAGAAAUUUGGGUAUGAUGGGGAAAUGAGGUGACACUGGAACAGUAAGCUGAGGCUGCCUACACAGCGUGUGGAAACAGCCAGGGGGGGCUGCUCCUUGCCUUUCAGCCCCCAGCCCCUGCUGAGGAUCAUGUAUAGUUAUGUAAAGAGGAAUUUCUUUAUUGUUUAACAUUCAGCAGUCACAAACCAGAGCCUCUUUCCUUAUCAGUAAGGAUGGUAACUAUUGUAACAAAUGCUAAUGGUUACCCCUGUUGUGUUGGCUUGUAACUGGAGUUUGUGCUUGGGGCUGAUAGGGUUGUUCUUUGUUGAUCCACGCUCUGUUAGGUGACUAAAUGCAGUAUCAAACCCAUUGCUGCAAGGCUUUUCUUGGGAAGCUGCAGCUUCGUGGGUGUCUGUAGGGAUAGCUGCUUCAUCUUCACGGGAAGCUGGGGCUCUGGGUGUUCAUUCUAUCUCUGAUCUAAACCUUGUCUGUUGCUUUUUCCUCAUCCUUUGCUGGUAGAUGUACCUGACAGCAGAACUAAGCAACUGCUGGGUUCUUGAGUGAUGGCUCUUGGUUCUCCUGAAGCAGCUGGGUGCUGUGGUGAUGGGCACUUCCAGAAUGCCAGUAACUCCAUAAUCACAUUCAUUGAAGAGGGAUGGGGGGAGGGAAAAAAAAAAGCACAUGGGCAGAACUGGUCCUAAAUAAAGUGUUUGGAAGCUCUCA